CAAAAUUAAUUUUGUUUAAGCAGAGAAGAAGAAGAAGAAGCCAUGGCGGAAGAAGAAUUGCAGAGAAUCGAUGAGAAGAAGCCAUGGCGAGUUCUCGAGUUCUACAGUGGAAUCGGUGGAAUGAGAUACUCUUUAAUGGCGUCAGGCGUUGUUUCAGAAGUAGUAGAAGCUUUUGAGAUCAAUGAUUCUGCUAAUGAUGUUUAUCAACAUAAUUUCAAACAUCGUCCUUAUCAGGGAAAUAUUCAGAGUCUCACUGCUGUUGACUUAGAUAAGUAUAAUGCUGAUGCUUGGCUUCUUUCUCCUCCUUGUCAACCUUAUACUCGACAAGGCCUUCAGAAACAGUCUGGUGAUGCUCGGGCUUUUUCGUUUCUCAGGAUUCUCGAGCUUAUACCGCAUACGUCUAAGCCUCCACAGAUGUUGUUUGUAGAGAAUGUUGUUGGGUUUGAGACUUCGGAUACUCAUAUGGAAAUGAUUGAUACAUUAACAAAGUUAGAUUAUGUCACACAAGAGUUUAUUUUGAGUCCGUUGCAGUUUGGUGUGCCGUAUUCAAGACCACGUUAUUUUUGUCUGGCCAAAAGAAAGCCUCUGGCAUUUAAGUCCCAACACAGUAAUAACAAACUACUCUGGUCUCCAAGCCCGUUAUAUAGGCGUGAUGAUCAAGUAGAGUUUGGAAAAUGUGAGGCAGAAGAAGGAUUGGAUAAAUUACUUCAAUUUUGCGAACCAGUAGAGAAGUUUCUCGAGUCAGCUGCACAUGUUGAUGGCGAGCCAAGUAGUUUUGAUGACUCUGAGAAUGGGUCCAAAGAUUGCUAUGGACAAGAAGACGAUUCUGUGCCAGACUCUGUUCAUCAAUAUCUAGUACCACUAAGUUUGAUAGAGAGAUGGGGAAACGCAAUGGAUAUUGUUUACCCUGAUUCAAAGAGAUGUUGUUGUUUCACAAAGAGUUAUUAUCGGUACGUGAAGGGCACUGGUUCCUUAUUGGCAACUGUCCAGCCAAAAAUCAAGGGGAAGGAAUCUGGUUUGAAGGAGCAACGGCUUAGAUACUUCACCCCGAGAGAGGUAGCUAACUUUCACUCGUUCCCUGAAGAUUUUGAGUUUCCGAAGCACAUAAGCCUUCGACAGAGAUACGCAAUGCUUGGAAACAGUUUAAGCGUAGCAGUCGUGGCUCCUCUGCUUCGAUGGUCAAACUGUUACGUUUUGUCAAUUUCACUACCGAUUCUUAACUAUAUGGGCUUGUCUUUCACAUGGGCCUUAUCCGGCCCACAAGGGGAAGCAUUCUUCGACUGUGAGUCUGUGACGGUGCGUGAAGUUCACGCUCCGGUGGUACCACCUAAGAGGAUUAUUCCGGAAGAGUUUGUGAGAAGAACGCCUGGGGCUUUUGAGCACAGAGUGGUCUUUAGUGUUCGUUGGGAAAAUUCCUGGCACAUCUGGCUGGAGCGAGACAAGAACGAGCUGUUUAUGAUAGAAGAAGAUUGGAAUGAGUUUGUAGAUGACAAUCACUUAGGUCCAAAUGAUAAUCUGUUCUUCAGGCACGAUGAGACGAUGAAUCUUGAAGUGCAAAUCUUUAAGAAUAAUGGGGACGAGAUCAUCGAUGUACCUCUUGAAGUUGAACCCGAAACUGAACCAUUUCAUCCUACGCCCAAGAAACCUCACAGGGAGACAACCCCUGCCUCUGCCUCUGUCUCUGGCGGCUCUGCAAAUGGAGGAACAAAUAGCCGAGGAAGACAGCGUUCUAAUGAUGUCAAAAACCCUGAGCGAUACCUCUUGAAUCCCGAAAACCCUUACUUUGUGCAAGCGGUGACAAAAAGGAAUGACGUUCUGUAUGUGAGCCGACCGGUAGUUCAGACGUAUAACUUGAAGUUUGGUCCGGUUAAGUCCACCAUUACCUACCUUCUUCCCGGGGGAAAAAAGGAGGAAGGUGAAACUAAGAUCUACAACGGGCAACCUUGUUUCAGUGGCUGGUCGGUUCUAUGUCGAAGGCACAAUCUGAAAAUCGGAGACUCGGUGGUUUGUGAACUUGAACGCUCCGGUGGUCUGGUUACGGCUGUUAGAAUGUCUCUGACUCUUAGUACAAACCAUUUGGAGAAUACUUGUUUUGUCAAUUCACUUGCUAUCUAUUGUAGAAUAAGAGAUACUUACGGGAGAAGAACAGACGCAGCAGCGAGAGGAAGCUUCUUCGACUGUGACGCUUUUGAAGAUAACAGAAUGUUGCCUAAGAGUGUUACUGAUAAGAUUCAAGAAAAUGUGAGCAAGCCUUGCUUUUGGAAGUCUCUUUCUCCUGGACAAAACUGGAAAUCUAAAUCCAUGAGGAGUUUUCCGGCGGAGUUUGUGAUAAGCACGCCCGGGUCUUUAGAGCACAGAGUGGUGUUUAGUGUUCGUUGGGGCAAUUCCUGGCAACUUUGGCUGGAGCGAGAAAAAGAAGAUUUGUUUAUGAUAGAAGAAGAUUGGGAUGAGUUUGUGGAUGACAACCAUUUAGGCCCAAAUGAUAACUUGUUCUUCAAACACGAUAACACGAUGUUUCUUGAAGUGCAAAUCUUUAAGGAUAAUGGGAAGGAAAUCAUCGAUGCACCUCUUGAAGUUGAACCUGAAACUGAACAACUUCAUCCUACUACACGUAAGAAUUCUCACAAGGAGACAACCCCUGCCUAUACCUCUGCUUCUGCUUCUGAAUUCUCAGAAAAUGGUCGAGAGAGACAAAGUUGUGCUGAUGUCAAAAACCCCGAGCUAUAUCUUCUAAACCCGAAAAACCCUUACUUUGUGAAAACGCUGUCGAAAAGGAAUGACGUUUUGUAUGUGCCCAAACCGGUGAUUAAGAAGUAUGGCUUGAAGUUUGGUCCCACUCAUUCCCCGAUGCAUUACCUUCUUCCCGGAGAUAAAAUCAAAGGCUUGACUAAGCUCUAUGGUGGUGGCGAUGCCCCUUGUUUCAAUGGCUGGGUGGGUCUAUGUCGAAAGUACAAUCUGAAAAUCGGAGACUCUGUGGUUUGUGAACUUGAACGCUCAGGAGAUCUGGUUACUGCUGUUAGAGUACAUUUCAUCAAUGAAAAUAUGAGAUGAGUCCUCUCUAGUCUCUUUUCUUAACAUUAGUGUUUACCAAACUUACUAUUGUAAUGUUCAUAUGCGACCCUUAUGUUGCUUUAACAAAACUUACAUGCUAAA